CGUGCCACUGAUGCGAAGAAGUAAGUAUGUCGGGAAAGAAUGUUGCCAUGCCGGUUGGACAACACACAGCAUAUUAUGUACUAGGCUGAUGCAGACAACAUUAUUGGAGUCUAGGGUCCAAUAACGUGUACAGCCGUGCCAGUUUCUACGUGACAAAAUAUAUUUUUAGUUAGCCCCCUGCAUGUACACAAGCGUUUUCCACCAUGGGAUUGUUAACGUUGGGCUCGCCGCUAAGUUGGAAAGACACCAAGAAGUUUGCCGACCAUGUCCGAAAACACGGCACACAACAACUGAUCAACAUCUACCGGCGUCUGAAAGAUCGGCACGGCGACGUCUUGAAGUGGGGAGACGAGGUGGAGUACAUGCUGGUUGUUAUGGACGCAGACAACAAGACGGCCCGUCUGAGUCUGAAGGGAAACGAAGUCCUGGAAAUACUGGAGAGGAGGGAGAAAGAAAGUCCGAGUGACUACCCCGCGACAUGGCGACCCGAGUAUGGCGGUUUCAUUGUGGAAGGGUCGCCGGUUAGGCCAUAUGGACACCUCAUGGAACACUUAAACAUGGUGGAGGCCAACAUGAGACUGAGACGAGAGGAGAUACUGUCAGUACUUGACCAAGAAAGAGGCGAAACUGUCAUCACAUUCACUGCCUUCCCAAGGGUUGGCUGCCCAGGCUCUACAGACCCAGAGGUGGAGUGUAACCCGACAGUAAACACAGCAUCUCAUUCGUUGUUCUUUCCAGAUGCUGCAAUCAACCACCAUCCCAGGUUCAGGACUCUGACCCGCAAUAUAAGAGAGAGGAGAGGAGAAAAAGUCUGCAUUAACACACCAGUGUUUAAAGAUAUAAACACGCCAAAGCCAUUCAGGGACACAUUCCCAAACGACGACAUAGAAGCGUCAUGGCACGCUAAAGACGACCACAUCUAUAUGGACCAUAUGGCGUUUGGAAUGGGCUGUCCGUGUAUACAGUGUACAUUCCAGGCUUGCGAUCUGGGGGAGGCCCUGCGCUUAUAUGAUCAGCUGACGCCGCUCUGUCCGAUCUUUCUGGCCCUGAGUGCGGCUGCGCCAGUGUACCGAGGGUACCUGGUGGAUACCGAGUGCAGAUUUAACAUCAUCGCACAGUCUGUCGACUGUAGGACACGGGAGGAAAGGGGACUAGAGCCUCUGAAAAACGACAGGUUUGUGAUUCCGAAGUCCAGGUAUGACUCCAUCGACUGUUACCUGACUCCUGAGGCCGAGAAGUACAACGACAUUGACCUUAUUCUGGACCAGGACAUCUGCCAGCAACUUCAGGACGCAGGUAUGGACAGGCCUCUUGCUCGUCACUUUGCUCACCUGUUUAUCCGGGAUCCGAUCUCGCUCUUCAGCGAAACGAUUCACCAGAACGAUGAGCAGGAAACAGAUCACUUCGAGAACAUUCAGUCUACAAACUGGCAGUCGAUGAGGUUCAAACCGCCUCCUCCCAACUCUACUAUCGGCUGGCGCGUGGAGUUUAGGCCAAUGGAGGCACAGUUAACGGAUUUUGAGAACGCGGCGUAUGUGGUGUUCAUCGUCCUUCUGACAAGAGUCAUCCUGACGUACAACCUCAACUUCCUCAUCCCUAUAUCUAAGGUUGAUGAAAACAUGCAGGAGGCCCAGAAGCGAGACGCUGUCAGACAGGGGCUGUUCUGGUUCAGUGAGUGCUUACCGGUAUUUAAAAAGCCUAAUGCCGACUGGUUCUACAGUGAGUAUAACGACGGAUGCUUUGAGCAGGAAGAGGAUAAGGAGUACACCAAGAUGACAAUCAACGAGAUUAUCAACGGCCAGGCUGGCGGUUUCCAGGGUCUUGUGUCUCUGAUGAACUCCUACCUGGAGACAGUCGACAUCGAUGUGGACACCAGGUGUUCUGUACAGCAGUAUCUCAUGCUCAUCCAGAAAAGGGCCUCAGGUGAACUGAUGACCACAGCUCGAUGGAUUCGAGCUUUCGUCCAGAAUCAUCCAAAAUACAAAUCUGACUCCGUCGUUUCCGAAGAAAUCGCCUACGACCUCACGAAGGUUGCCGAUGAGAUCACGAAGGGUGUUCGGGCAUGUCCGGAACUCUUCGGAACGCCUCGUACGCGCACUAAAGUCUCCCUGUCUUCUGUGGGGCAAAAGAAGUUACGUAAAGAAAGUUCCGACAAGGCUGACAUCGAUGUUUUAAUUUAGAAGUACAGUCAACCCGAAGAAAAGUGUCCGUUGUAUAACCAGCAAAAAGCAACAUUUUUGCCAACCUUGCCGAUCUAGUCGGCCAUGCAUUUAAUUGAUUUAGAUAGUCGUUCUGAAAGUACUCGACUUCAUCUUGUUCUCAGAGGCUCCUUGAAGAGGGUCGCAUCACAACAUGACUGAGACAUAAAUGGUUUCCAAGUCGAGAUGUUUUAAAUGUUAAAUGCUGUAAGCUCUGUGGUGAAUGCAUGUGAGGAGGGUGACACAUGGUACUUACGUCCACAAUUUACGUCGAAUAAAAA